CGCCUGCCCCCCAGAAACCUCGUCCGCUGCCGCGCCGUCUGCCGCGCCUGGCGCCGCAUCACCUCCACCCGCCACUUCCUCCUGGCCCACCACGGCCACCAGCCAUCCCUCCCUCUCCUCUCCGGCUUCGAAUACGGUGUCGAUUGUCACCAAGACAUCAUCGCCUUCGACCACCGGGCCGCCACCGCCCAAAUCCAGCCGCUCGCCCGCCUUAUCGACCCCAAACUCCGUGCGGUGGCCUCCUGCGACGGCCUCCUGGUCAUGUCCAUUGACGAGUAUGACCGCACCCACUUCUUCAUCUGCAACCCGGUGACGCGCCAGUGGGGUGACCUGCCGAUUCUCCGUGGCUUCCAUUUCUCCGGGAUCUACCCGCACCGCCCUACGGGCCAGUACCGACUGCUCCUGUACCGGAGCCAGAUCUGCAAGGUGAUGUAUGAAGGUAAGGUACCUGGCGACAAAGACUCGUGGUACGUCCUCACACUGGGCUGCGAUGAGGUACCCAGGUGCAUCGGGUGGCCAGAGGUGGAGGCGCAACACGGCACACCUGUGCUGGUCCGUGGCAGCCUGCAUUGGUACCCAGCGAAGCAUCAGGCCAGAAGCAAGAUGAUACUGGCAUUCGACACAACAUCCGAGUCAUUCCGGCUGAUGCGUGCUCCGGUUCUUCCCGAAAGAACAUAUCGGUUUGAGACACAUGGCUCAUAUCUGUUUGAGAUGGACGGCAUGCUCGCCAUGUACAUGCAUAAUGAUGCUGUGACAGUUGUUGAUAUCUGGGUGCUGCACGACUACGAGAGUGAGGUCUGGGCCUUCAAGUACCGGGUCGAACUGCUGGCUGCGGAGUUCGUGGCAGGAUUUGAACGAUCCAGAGGUUGGAAUGUGGUGGUUGCAUCUGAGGGUGAUGAUGUGCUCGUGCUGGUCCAUUUUGAUCAGUGGCUGCUUCACAUCAACAUGAAGGGCAGGUUGGUUGCCAGUUGCCGUCAUGAUAGCAAAGGCCUCAAUAUUUCUUUGCAUCAGCUCAAACAAAGCCUUGUUCAGCAUACCUUCUUUCCGGCUUUACAGAAUUAUGAAGUGAAUGAUUUACCUUUCAUCAAGACUGCCAUUGACAGAUGUGGUGCUUUUUAAUGUCCUGGCUGUUCUUAUCCCCAUGAUGGCCGUGCGCGGUUAUAAAUUGGAUGCUGUACCUUUCAUCUGACUGCUGUUGAGUGUGCUGCUUCUUAUCGUCCUAGCUGCUCUUUUCCUCAUGACCUCACCGUCUGUGAUUGGAUCAAGUAUGGACCCUUUAGCUUCUUUGUUGAUGAAUGCAAAGUCAUGAUAAACAAGCUCUGUCUGUUAUUUGUAUGCAUGAAAUCUAUGUUUGAUGCAAUAUCCUUUCAGGCUUAAGUGCCUAUUGUCCA